ACGAAGCCGCAACACAUUCGCUCAACAAGUGGCGCCAAAGUAGCAACCAACCGUUGAACGGCAACAAGCGUGUGAACUGUGAAAUCGAAAACGUAACUGUAAAGCAAAAAAACACGUUAACUGUAGAAACGGAAGUGUUCGUUUGAAAACGGCAACAAAUAAUCGAAAACGAAUUGAAAUUUGAACGGCUGCAAAGCUGAAUUGUAUUCGCAAAAAAGGUGAUUUAUCUCGUAUGAAAGCGGUGUUACAGGUGUGGAGUAAAUAAUAUCUUAAGUAACUAAAAAUUGCUGUGUGUGCUUAAAAAGAGUGAAUUUGCAAAAUUUGCGAUCAGACCGAAAAAAUUCCAAGUAAAUUCGAAGUAAAUUUCAAAUACAAUUUGGCGUGUCAUGUCAAAAAAAAUUGCGGCAUUCAGCUAAGACACACACUUUUCAACUUACCGACAUCACCAAGGCUAACCACAGCAACAGCAACAACAUAGGCACAAUAACAAUUUGAACAUCAACACUAAUCCUCGACUGAAACCGAGGACGCAACGCUGAAAGGCAAGACCAGCCAAGUAUUAAAUAUAUAAAAAUAAAUAAAAGUCACACAGCGAUCUCAGCCUAAAGCCGCACAAAUGCAGCGCAACGCGUUCCUCAUAUAUACCUUGCCCGCAGCCGUUUUGCUGCUCGGAAACUGUUGGUAUGCAUACGCUUAUGUCGCCUUGCCAGCAGCGGCCGCCGCAACAGCCGGAGCCGGGGUCGGUGCCUCGAACGCUGGUGCAACAGACACGAAGACGUAUGCCAAGCAUAUGGCGGAAUUAAUGACCGGCACAUAUCCUGAUAGAGCGGCUGCUUCAUCGGCGGGUUAUUUGAACGAUGUAGCCGGAAGUAUUGCUGUGCAACCACCGCACCAACUGCUGAAUGAGCCUAACGGACGUGCUGCGGUCUACGAUCCGGGUGAUGAGCUACUCCGCGCUUUGAACGCCGAAACUGCCAUCAAUGGCCAGGAGCUCGGCACGCUACCCGAAGAACCCGAUUACGCUGACACUGUGUUUAACGAACUGGAAGUGGCAAACAAAUAUGAGAUGUUACACAAAUUGGAGAAAGAUUUGCGCGCGGAACAGGAAAUUGUUACUAAAUCAGCUUUGUUAAUGAAAAUGCUCGAGGAUCCGAAUAUACAAACGCUGCCGGUCAUUUACGUAGAGGAGGACGACGAUGACGAACCAUCUGAUGAAGAUACCGAAAUUAGCAGCAAUAAUGUGGCAUAUCGCUUGGGCGGCCUGGGCGCUGGUGUGGCCAAGCGCUCACGCUACUAUCGCCGCUAUCCAUGGAAACGGCACAAUAGGAAUCGCAGCACUUACGAGCCAGAGCUACGUUAUGCCUGCACGCCCACCAAAGAGGACGUCUUCAAGCUGCUGAUGAACCUACACGAAAAUCGCAAAGGCAAUCACAGCAAAACUGUAAACUUCUGCAAUCGCAAGCGACCAGCCAAAGCCAUUUUCACCAAUAUACGCUUUCUGGGUUAAGCUGCCCGGCGAUGCUGUUGAACAAACAUAUUUAAAAAGGCAAUGGAAUACGAACUAGAAAUACUUUGAAACGAUGUUGACAUGAAACGGAAAUCAAAAUGUGGCGGAAGAAAUUAGGAAUAUUGUGUGCUAGCACGGCACUUGGCUGGAAGCAAUUGUUUACAGAAAUUAGCGUAGCUUUUUAACACAUAAUUCGCAAUCAAAAUUCUAUAUGUACUUAUAAAUUGAAGUAAAGUAAAUUCAGUAAACUUAAAAAAACAUUAAAAAACUGUAAAUUAUGCAUAAAAAUUAAUUUGGAGAAAAAAAGAAUUGUAGGCCCUUAAGCAGCUAUAGCGUGUAGAGUUCUAGCGUAACUUUUUUCGGAAUUAAAUAUUUACAAAAAAUAUAUAUUAAUAUUAUAUAAACAGUAUUUUACAUAGUAAAAGUGGCAGCUAAGCACAGCAUUGUUAGCAUUAAAUAUUUUAUUCACAAAAUUUAAUUAUAGUUGCAUUACUAUUGCAACAAAAAUAUGUAUAUAAUAAUUUCUGAAAAAAAAUAUAAAUAUAUUAGUAGUUUGCAAAGCACUCUUUUAGUAUAAAUACAAUAAAAGACAAGGCACCUUGAAUGGAUGGCAGCAGCUUGCUUUUUGUUUUAGCUUU